GUAAAUCUUACCUGAAAACAACGCUCAUAGACAAAGUAUCCACCACAACUUUGUUCAUUUUGAUUACUUUUAAACAAGCUUUCAAUAUGAACAAGCUCAUUUUAUCUUUGCUUAUCCUCGAACUAAUCACAACUACAAUUGCAACAAACCACAUAUUUCCAAAAACAUGCGAGAAAUUUCUCGAAGCAAGCCGUGACUUCGACAACCUUACAUCAUUGAAACUUGUGAAAGAGCCUCAUGUACCACCAGAAUAUAUGCCAAAAGCAUGCCUUAAGAAAUUGACUAAACUUAAAAAAUUAGAGAUAUUGUCUAUCAAUUACUACAGACUAGAUGAUACAUCAAUAUGUUUGAUUUUGAGAAACAAACCGAAUUUGAAAGAAUUCUCAGUAGGUCAAAAUCUGCUAACUACAUUCAACUUAGCUUGUUUAAAUUCCACAAUAAACUUGGAAAGGCUUGUAAUCAACAAUAACCCGAACGUAAAGCUAACAGGAACAUCAGAAACAACCAAGAAUAUUAAUAAUUUCGAGGCAAAAGGUAAUCAUUUUAAAGAAUUUCCACUUGACGACAAUUGGCCAAAUUUAGAGAAGAUCACAGUAAAUCGCAACGAUGAACUCGACUGGCACACAUUUAAUCCCCAAAAAUUUCCAAGAUUACAGUUGGUAAACGACGAAUUGCUCAACGUGUUUUUGCAACGACAUAUCAUUCUUCCAACGAAAGUUGAUCAAGAUGAUCAAAUAACUACUACUACGAAUACAUUAAUCACAUCACCACCGAUUGCAAACACAACACAUGAAAUAAAUUCAACCGUCCACGCCAAUGGAUUAACUUUAAUGGAAAUUCUUAUCUUUGGAGUGUGUGUUACUUCUUUAGUAAUUUUGGCAUUUUUUGGAUUACGGAGGAUACUAAAUAAACGCCGCAAUACUACAACCCAAGAAGAAAAUGCUGAAGUCGGUCUCAUAGAUCGGUUUAUCAAUAAUAGGCAACCUAUACAAUCCAAGCCAUAAAGCCAAAUUUAAUUUUGAUCAAAAUAAUGUAACUUGAUUGGUAGGCAUUUGGUACAU